ACAGAAAAAAUAUAUUGUGCAAUUUUUAGAUUGUGUUUUUUCUCGUAGUGAAAAUAAUUAAAAAAUGGAAACCAUAAUUUUGGAUAGUCCCCAAAGGGCUACACCGUUGCCGCAACGACAACCGCGGGUUAUCAAUACGCCCAAUAAAGUAAUUGGGAAGCACACUGCGCCCAAGCCAAAUAAUGGCCCCGAUGGCAGUCCAGCCGAAAAGAAGGCACGAUUCGGUGGCGCAAACAACCAGAAUGGCGGCGGUCCAGUCGGUGGUGGCGGCGGCGCUGGACAGAAUCAGAAUAAGAAUUUCGGAAACAAGGGUGGAUUCGGCGGCAAUCGAAAUCGCCGUGGAGGAAACCAAAAUAGACAAAAUGUCCAGGGUCCCAAUAACGCAAAUGCAAAUCAAAAGCCAACAACUAAUGAAGCAGUGAAGCCGGACGUCGCAAAUGUCGCUGAGAAAGUUAAUGAAUCUGUGGCUGCCAUUCAGCAGGCAGCAGCUCCAAAUGCAAACCAAGGUCCAGGGCAGGGUCAAGGACAAGGGCAAGGUGGUUUCCGCGGUGGUCCUCGAGCCGGUGGCAAUAACCAAGGAGGCGGUGGUGGUGGCGGCGGUAAUCAUCAAGGAGGCGCCAACAUUCAUCCAGCAGGCGGUAACAAUUAUCCCGGAGGCGGUAACAAUUAUCAAGGAGGCGGUAACAUUCAUCAAGGAGGAGGCAACAAUCUUCAAGGAGGUGGCGGCAAUCAUUUGGGAGGUGGUAACAAUCAUCCGGGAGGUGGUGGCAAUCACCAGGGAGGCGGCGGCGGAGGUGGACGUGGGCAGCAGCAACAGCAACGUGAUCGCGGUAAUCGAGUUGGCGGCGGUCAACGUAUGGGCGGCGGUCAAGGCGGACCCAACAUGAGCAUGAUGGGCGGCGGUGGCGGUCCACGCGGUGGUGGCGGCCCCGGCGCUGGGGAUGAGUUCUUUAUUGGCCAACGCCUGCGGGCCAUUGCAGGACCCACACUGGAACUGCCACCCGUGGAGGUGCCCGAGGAGACCAAGUUCUCUGGCCGUAAUCGUCUGUAUGUUGGCAAUCUCACCGCCGACGUCACCGACAAUGAGCUGCGCGAAAUGUUCAAGCCAUUCGGCGAAAUUGGCGAAAUCUUCUCCAACAUUGACAAGAACUUCACCUUCCUUAAGGUCGAUUAUCACGUGAAUGCCGAGAAGGCCAAGCGCGCCUUGGACGGCUCCAUUCGCAAAGGUCGUCAGCUACGCGUCCGUUUCGCACCCAAUGCAACCAUCCUGCGCGUGAGCAACCUCACGCCAUUCGUCUCCAAUGAGUUGCUUUAUAAAUGUUUCGAGAUAUUCGGUCCCCUCGAACGGGCCAGCAUAACCGUCGAUGAUCGCGGCAAGCAUAUGGGCGAGGGUAUCGUUGAGUUUGCCAAGAAGUCUUCGGCCAGCGCCUGUCUGCGUUUGUGCAAUGAGAAAUGCUUCUUUUUGACUGCCUCGCUGCGCCCCUGCCUGGUGGAGCCCUUGGACGUGAAUGACGAUAACGAUGGUCUGCCCGAGAAGGCCCUCAACAAGAAGCUGCAGGAGUUCAAUCAGGAGCGCAGCGUUGGUCCUCGCUUUGCAGAUCUCAAUUCGUUUGAGCACGAGUACGGCUCCCGCUGGAAGCAGCUGCACGAUCUCUACAAGACCAAGCAGGAUGCCCUUAAGCGUGAGCUCAAAAUGGAAGAAGAUAAGCUGGAUGCUCAGAUGGAGUACGCUCGCUAUGAGCAAGAGACUGAGCUCCUGCGUCAAGAGCUGAGAAAGCGCGAAGUGGACAAUGAACGCAAGAAGCUGGAACGGGAAAUGCGCGAGAAGCAGGCCGAGGAAAUGCGCAAGCGUGACGAGGAGACUAUGCGUCGCCAUCAGAACGAGAUGCAGACACGCAUGUCGCGCCAGGAGGAGGAAAUGCGUCGUCGCCAGCAGGAGAACACAUUGUUCAUACAGGCACAGCAGCUGAAUUCGCUGCUCGACCAGCAGGAGGGCUUCGGCGUCAAUGACUCUGGGUUUGACAAUUUCGGAGGCAAUAGCAAUUCUCCCUUCGAAGUGUUUAGAGGAAACAAUAACAAUUCAACCAUGACUGGGAAUAACUCUGGACCCAACAAUCAGGACUCUUUCGCUUUUGAGUUUGGAGCAAACAAUAUGAACCAAGGUGGCAAUCAGCGUGGAAAUAAUGGCGGCGGAAACAAUGCCCCAUGGGGUCGUCGUCGUUUCUAAGACAAAAACAUCACUAGAUUAAACAAAUAUACAAAACACAAACACACCGAAAAUGCGGAUGAUAUAGUUAAACACUUGACGUUUUCACUCCUUUCGCGAGUGAAAUAAAUGAAACAAGAAAACAU